AUGGCCACGAGCAGUAAACCGCAACAACCCACACCCCAAUCACAACCACCACCGCCAACACCAACACCACCACUACAACCGCAGCAGGCCCAAAUGUCAUCACCCCAAAGGACCCGAGAGAGAAGCUCUCCAUCAUCAAGAUCUACAACACCACGCCCGCCCCAGCAAGCUGCAAACGACCAUACCGUUUCUACGUUUAGACAUCGUCUCUCUCAGAAAGAGUACCCACCUGACUGCCCACCUCUCCAAGUCCGCUGGUACUACGCUGUCGACGUCCCAAAACGCAAACCGUUCCAGCCCAACGAGCCCGCCGCAGCAGGUGCACCAGCAAAGCCGCCCAAGCUCCCUUCUAAGUUCGUCUCCUUCGCCGCGCGUGACUCGCGCGCAAUCGAGGCGGCAUUCCAGAAGCUCUCCGAGGAAGAAGAUGCAAUUGACAAGGAGUCCUCGGCAUACAGCCGGCAUCUCGAGGACAGUUCUCAUAAGGUCAAGCUGGAAGAGAGUGUUCAGGUACCUGUGAACGAGGAUUACUUAUUCGAUGUGGAUAUCAAGAAGCGAGAGUUGGCGCCCGUAUAUUGGCUUGGUCCAGCGUAUGAUGUGAGGCGGGGUACUUGGUUCUUCCAAGAGGGCAAUUCGCUCCGGCCAUGCGACGAGAACUUGGCGACGCAGAUCGAGGAGGGAUAUCUGCGUAUCAAGCCGUUCCGUAACAACCCUGCGAAGCCAGACCCGCUAACGUCGCAGCUUGCGAAGAAGGUCCUGGAUAACCUUGCACCCCCGGAAGACCCCCAACGCCCUGUAACACCGAAUAAAGACCAACCGGCACUUACGGCAGCUCCACUACCUCAAUGGAGAUUGUUUGGUGCUCACCUGAAUAGCUUUGUGGUUUAUGUUGACCCUAACACGGCACUACUGAGGAGCGAUGACUUCUAUGGAAAGCUUUCGUCGACGGUUCUGGGGAGCCAGAAGCUUGUGAGGGGCUAUUCGGAGGGUGUCAGGACAGAAAAGAAGGAUUCAAGUAGGCCUAUGACGCCGGUACAGGGGGAAAAGGAGAAAAAGGAGAAGGAAGAGAUGGAAAAGAAGUACAAACGAAGAUCCAUGCCGCCUCCUAGAACUCCGUCUCCAGGUACCGAGGGGGACAUUUCCGAACAGACUCACCGCCGCGAGCUCGAACGGAGAAUGUCCUCCCUUGUCAUUGGUGAAGGGACAGGGGAAGAAAAGACACAGGACGAGAUGCUGGAAACGGAGAUGAAGGAAGACUACACGGCUGACGAGGAAAUUGAUGAUCCCGAGCGAGAAAUUGAGCACUUAUUACUGGUGACACAUGGAAUUGGACAGAAGCUGUCUAUGCGCAUGGAAAGUGUGAACUUUGUGCACGAUGUCAAUGUGUUUCGCAAGACGCUGAAAAGUGUAUACUCACUCUCACCAGAUUUACAAGUUCUCAACGACGAAGUUGAAGAGAAGAAGAAAAACUGCAAGGUACAAUGUCUCCCCGUCUGCUGGCGCCACCUCCUCGACUUCCCCAAACAAUCACUGCGCACCAACCGUCAAGAAACCGAUCUCUCCUCCGGUUCUACAGGCUAUGAAGACGAGUAUCCAUCAUUAGCGGACAUAACCGUCGAGGGUGUCCCUGCAGUCCGCUCCCUCAUGACCGACCUCGCCCUCGAUGUCCUGCUAUACCAAUCCGCAACGUAUAGAGAACACAUCAUCCAAACCGUCCUCACCGAGUGCAACCGCAUUUACAAACUCUUCAAGCAGCGCAACCCCUCUUUCAAAGGCAAAGUCUCCCUUGUCGGCCACUCCCUCGGCUCUGCAAUUCUAUUCGACAUCCUCUGUCGCCAGCCCCUCACAAACGAUACCCGCCCCGCGAUGGCCUCGGGGAAGCCAGACGUCAUCCUAGACUUCCCUAUCGAAUCCUUCUUCUGUCUUGGAUCCCCGAUCGGCCUUUUUCAAAUGCUCAAAGGACGCACCAUCGCCUCGAGAAAGUUUUACGAUGGUGACCUUAUUCCGGAAACGAUAGGCGACGAACCGGAGAACUACCACGCUUCUGCCGCCUCAGCAGCGGUACCACACUAUCAUGGAGGCUCCCUAUUUCCAGUGAGCUCCCCAAAAUGUCAACAGCUAUUCAAUAUUUUCCACCCCACAGACCCAAUCUCAUAUCGCAUCGAACCCCUCGUCUCCAAGGCUAUGGCGUCAUUGAAGCCGCAGCCUCUCCCAUACACCAAGCGUGGUAUUUUCUCGUCCGGCCAGCUCGUUGGUGGCAUCAGUGGUAUUGGGCAGAGUGUUUCGCGUAGCGUCAGCAACAUGUGGACAUCCCUAUCGUCUGGAAUUGCGUCAAGUAUCUUAAAUCGUUCACUAGGCUUUAAUGAUACGAACCUUCCGCAGUCAACGUCCAGCAUUAAGGUCACUGAUACAGACAAGAAGCCACCGUCAGUACCGGGCGAGGAUAGCCAGCAGCAUCCGCCGACGCUGAUUGACGAUGAGAUCGAGACACUGUAUGCAGGGUUCCAAAAGAGACGAAAGUCGGCGGUAGAGGGGGAAGAGGGUGAAGGUGAGGAGGAGAGGUUAGAGGCUGAGGAGAAGGCAGCACAGCUGAAGGGAGAGGAGGCCAAAGUGAGGGCAUUGAAUGCGACGGGGAGGAUCGAUUUUGCGAUUCAGGAGGGCGUGUUUGAUAUAAGCUUGAUUGCAAGCAUUGCGAGUCAUCUCAGUUAUUGGGGCGACGAAGACGUAAACCAUUUUGUCAUCUCACAGCUCCUGUCAAGGCAGCGAGUCAUGAAGAAGGCAGUAGGGAACCUGAAAGGAAAGCAGUGGAGCAGUGUCAGGAUUGACGAGUAA